CACGAAUUGUUUACCCAUCUGAAGUUGGGUUGGGCCGAGGGCGAGCCUUCGAGACGUUUUCUGGGCUGUCCGCCUGCUGAGGCACGGGUGCUCUGUCACAGGGCAUACACCCAAAAACAACGAGUUUGUCGCUUGCUUCUGCAUCAGGAUGUUCCCGAAACGUCUGCGCGCGGAUCCAACACAGGCAUUGGGCAUAGAAUUUAUUGUAGGGGGUACGAGCGAUGCCUCUCGGUAUUCCUGGUUCUGGUUCAUUCAGUUGUCGAUCCUCGCAGGGCACAUAUGGUUGUUGGAAUUCCAUAUGGCAAAAGGGCAGUGGCGCAUCGAGUUUAGUCUUUCUGAGGAUUUGUCGGCGCGUGUAGACUCCUCUGCGCUUGUCAUCCAGGCACCCAGUGGGAAAACCACACUCGAAGAUAUGCGAAUACUGCAUCCUUACAAAAUGUUUACCAUGAAACCUAUGGUAUUCAUCAUAGCAUCAAAAAUAUACGUCUCGAUCUUCUGGCCUUUGGCCUGGCUGAUGAACGACAAAACUACGUUGGAUUGCAAUGGCACCCUGCAUGCAAAGCUGGAGAUCACAUUGACGUAGCGACUCCCCACCACUCUCGCGCUCCGUUCUGGCUUAUGUGCUUCUAGUGUUUAUUCUGUCGAUUUCAUUGCUUCAUGUUAUAAUCUGUUACCUGAUGACUGAUCAUUUCCUUGUAAUUGGCACCUUCGUGAACAUCUGUCACGAGUGCGCGCAUCAACUCACGACCAUACAUCUACAACUGAGUAUUAUGUAUGAAUCACUAUAAUAU